AUGUCAGAGAGCUGCAACUCUCGGCACUUCUCAUGGCUCAUGAAAUCUUGCUUACCAAAUCCCUCCGAUGCCAAAUCACUCGUUCCGAUCCACCACCCGUCCACGGUGGCUAAUCCUUCCGCCACGGCCGCGACCAUCGCUUCUCUGCCGGACGAUUUGUUGCUAGAAUGUCUCUCCAGAAUCCCUUCCUCCUCCAUUCCUUCUCUCGCCGCCGUCUGCCGCCGCUGGACUCGCCUCCUCCUCUCCCCUUACUUCCUCCACCUCCGCCGCGGUCUAGGCCUGCUCCGGCAUUCUCUUUUCGCGAUCUCCGCCGUCGACUCCGGAAUAUUCGCCGCGGAUUUGCAGUUUCAGCCUGAGAUUGUGACCUGGAGAGUCAAUCUCGCGGUUUCGAGUAGCUCCGUUUGCGCCGACGGUAGUCAGGGAAGUCUAUCUCAUGCUCGCGCAGCGGCGAUUGGGCCUAGGGUUUAUGUUGUCAGCAGAAAUGCGGUUUUGAGAUACGAUUCGUGGAUGGGAACGCUUACCUUGAGAUCGCCGAUGCUUUUCCCCCGCAAAAAAUUCGCGAUCGCCGUCAUUUCCGGUAAGAUCUACGUUGCAGGCGGCGGUGGUGGUUCGGAAGUCACGGCGGCGGUUGAAGAGUACGAUCCGGAGAAGAAUCGGUGGGAAGUGGUCACUCAAGCGGCACGGAAGAGAUACGGAUGCAUCGGAGCAGCCGUGGACGGAGUUUUCUACGUGAUCGGCGGAUUGAAAAUCGGGAACGAGACAUCGCGCGCGUCGGCGGCGCACGUUUACGCAAGCUCCAUGGAUCUCUUCGAUGUGAAAUCGCGUCAGUGGCUGAGGAGCCGUUCGGUUCCCGGCGGUGGAUGCGUCGUGGCGGCAUGCGCGGCGGUGGGACACGUGUACGUGCUCAGCAGCCACGCGGUGGAGCUCUCGUUCUGGAGAUUCGACGGGCGUCGUGGCGGCGGCGGCGCAUUCGGGGAAUGGAAAAGGCUGAAAAGCCCGCCGUUGCCGGCGCAGGUGAGAUUAGACGGAACCGUGAGGUUUAGCUGCGUCGGGGUGGAAGACAAAGUGGCGGUGGUUCAGGUGGUGGGAUGCAUCGACGAUUUGCUCCGGCGUAGUGGGAGGAGCGAGAGAGGACUGAGAGAAAGCCUUGUGUUGCUGUAUGACACGGUGGAUGGAGAGUGGAGGAGAGCUGCGGAUCUACCUGAGAUGAUUACACGCGCCGCCUGCGCGUGUGUGGAGUGGUAG